CACUUUUUACUUGAGCUGAUAGGAAACUAAAUCUUGUCAGGGAGGGAUAUAACGAUGCCGAGUUAAUGAUCACCCCUCUGCCCAAAACAUAAACACCUAUCUUUCUCAAAUCAAUCUGAUCGAAUCAAACACCCCUGUGCUCAAUCUCUGCGAUUCUUGAUCCUUAUUCAAACUCAGAAGCUCUCUCUCACUUCUCAACACCAUGGCCAGUGUCUUGGUGUUCCCUUUGACCUCAGUCAACACCUUAACCUCCUUGUCCGUGGCUUUCCAAAAGAGCUCCCUGUGCACCCCGGCGAAGUUGAAGCCGGAGGAGCCAUUUUUGGCAGUCUUUUUCACGCCGUCGGCGAUUAACGGAAUCACCAAGGCGGUGCCGCUAAUCGUCUUUCCAUGAACUUUCUGACCAUGGUGGUGAGGUUGGGUCCGGGGAGGGCAUGGAUUUGACGACGGCGCAUGAGGAGAGGCGGGGUGGUUGGGCUUGAACUCGACGGAGGAGGAGGGGUUGGACAGGUUGGAGAUGGUGGAGAAGCAAUGGUCUAUCUACCUCUGUUUUUUCUCUUUUGUUUUUUCUCAGAUUCAUGGUGACGGUGAUGAACUGAAGAUGAGAGGACAUGCAGUUGGAUGGAUUGCCUUCACCUUGUGUGGGUAUUGAAUCUCUCACAGUAAAAUCUAGUAAUUACAUACAUGUCCUUCCAUUAACAGUUCUGUCAGGUACCGUGCAACGAACGUAGCCUAGCUUUUGCCCAAUUUUUUUUCCUUUUCGAUGAAGUCUUCUCCUUCGAAUUGAUGUCUUCUCCUCUGAAUUGAAUGCCGCCUUCCCAAUUUUAACCUCAAAUCCCUUCCCAAGCCCAAAACCAAAUCCAGCUCUCUUUCCCAUCCUCCAUCGACCGCCAAAAACCACCUCUGUAAAUUCGCCGCCUCAUUCUCCGACCACCACGACCACCUCCGUCUCUACGACACCAAUUCCUUCUCUCUCCAUCGCCGUCCAAUCGAUCGCCACCAAUGCCAUCGUCUCUCCUCUUCAGGUCUGUAAUGGAUUAGCUGGAAAGAGGGUCACUACAAACCACAAUUGCAUAAACAGCGCGUGCCAAGCACUCCCGUUAAAUUUUCCGGGUGCGCGCGCUGAAUAGGCUCUCAUCGCCAUCGGCGUCCUUUGGUAUUUCUCCACCAUGGAGUACUCUUGUAACGUCAUCAUUUCUCUGUUCUGCUUCUAUAUGCUUAUAUUGCUUGCUACCAGUAGUAGUGCUGUGAUCCCUGCCUUGGCUCUGAAAGACUGCGAGUUUCCAGCCAUCUUCAACUUUGGAGACUCAAAUUCAGAUACUGGUGGACUGUCUGCUGCAUCUCUUCUACCACUAACGACACCUUUUGGAGAGAGUUAUUUCCGUAUGCCAUCCGGAAGAUUCUCUGAUGGAAGACUCAUUAUCGAUUUCCUUGCAAAGAGUCUUGGUCACCCUUAUCUAAGCGCAUAUCUGGAUUCUGUUGGCACAAAUUUCUCGCACGGUGCUAAUUUCGCCACUGCUGCUUCCACUAUCAGACUCCCAGAUAAAGUUAUGCCGCCAGUGGGUGGAUAUAGUCCUUUCUAUCUUGAUAUUCAAUAUAUGCAGUUCCUGCAAUUAAAGUCCAGAUCACAACUCAUAAGGCAGCGAGGGGGAAUAUUUGCAAGUUUAAUGCCCAAGGAGAAGUACUUCUCCAAAGCUUUAUACACAUUCGACAUUGGCCAGAAUGAUCUCAACAAGGAAAUUUUUGGUGACAUGAAUAUAGAGGAAGUAAAUGCAGCUAUUCCUGAUAUAAUCACUGGUUUCUUAACUAAUAUUAAGAAAAUAUAUGAUUUGGGAGCAAGAUCAUUAUGGAUCCAUAAUACAGGGCCGAUUGGCUAUCUGACUUACAUUGUGGCAAACUUCCCAUCAGCUGAGAAAGAUGACGUCGGCUGUCUAAAGGCUUACAAUGAAGUAGCUCAAUAUUUUAACCAGGAGCUGAAGCAGGCCGUAGUUCAACUCAGGAAGGAUCUUCCUUUGGCUGCAUUUACUUAUGUAAUCGUGUAUUCUGUCAAGUACUCUCUUUACAAGGAACCUGAAAAGUAUGGAUUUGAGCUCCCACUGGUUGCUUGCUGUGGCUAUGGUGGCAAGUACAACUAUAACAGUAGUGCAGGAUGUGGAACAACAAUCACAGUCAAUGGAAGCCAAAUCUUUGUGGGUUCAUGCAAAAACCCUUCAACUAGAGUGAACUGGGAUGGUGCUCAUUACACCGAGGCAGCUGCCAAGUUUAUUUUUGAUAAAGUUUCAACUGGAGCAUACUCAGAUCCACCUUUGCCGUUGAAACAAGCAUGUCACAGGAGUUUGAUCUAA